AUGGAAAAGAGUGAAAAAGUGAAAAUACCACCCAAGCAAAAGAGAAACAAGGAUAUAUCAAAGGAAGAACUUCUCAAUUUUAGCAAAGAAGAUUUAGUGGAAAGAAUAUUACAAUUGGAAGCUCAUAAUGCACAACUAAAGAACAUUAUUAGUAGAAAUUUAUCUGACAAUGAAGAAAGCAAUAUUAAAAAUAAAAAACAGUUUGAUUUCACAAAAUGUCACUAUCGUCGUAUAUUACUAAAAGUCCUCUACUUUGGGUGGGAUUACCAUGGCCUAGCUGUUCAGGAAGACACAGCACAGACAAUAGAACAUCAUCUGUUUCGAGCAUUUACUAAAACUUGCCUUAUACAAAGCAGAGAAACGUCUCAAUAUCAUAGGUGUGGACGGACAGAUAAGGGUGUUAGUGCUUUUGGGCAGGUCAUAUCAAUAACAGUUAGAAGCAAACACCCAAAGUCAUCACAAAAUCUUCCAGAAUCUCUAUCAUCAGAAAUGCCAUAUUGUAAGAUUUUGAAUAGAGUUCUGCCAAAAGACAUUAGGGCUGUUGCAUGGAUGCCCAUACCGGAAGAUACACCAGAAUAUAGCGCUAGGUUUGAUUGUAAGAAGCGAAAAUAUAAAUAUUACUUCCCCAAAUCAAAUUUAAAUAUAGACAAAAUGCGAGAGGCGUGCUCGCUUUUGAUUGGCUCUCACGACUUCCGCCAUCUUUGUAAAAUGGACGUCGGUAAUGGCGUCACGGAGUUUAGGCGGGAAAUUUUGACAGCUGAUAUUAUUCCAAUUAUUGAAGGCGAUGAUCCAACAUCAAUGUAUGCCCUAGUGAUAGAAGGUAAUGCCUUUCUGUGGCAUCAAAUUAGAUGUAUUAUGGGUGUCCUUCUACUCAUUGGCGAAGGAAGAGAGGAGACCAACAUUGUAAGGAAACUUCUUGAUGUAGAAACUAAAUUAAGGAAACCACAAUAUAAUAUGGCUAUUGACAUUCCGCUAAAUUUAUUUCAUUGCACCUAUGAUUUAGAGAAAAGUACAGAAUGGGUGUAUGAUAAGGAAGAAUUGAAAACGGUCAUUGCGAAUUUACAACAAAUGUGGACGUCACAUAAUAUAAAGACUACAAUGAUAAAAGACUGCAUUGAGAAUUUAGAUGCCAUCUUUCAUACCUUAAAUAUUGAUAAGGAAAUAGACUCAAGUAUCGAAAAUCAAAAAGCAGAGACGGAGAUAGCAGAUAAGGAAUCUAAUAUGUUAGAAAGAGAAAGUAUCAUGGCUUAUACUGAAGGUUUGAUACAGGGUGUGAGAUCCAGAAAGUAUGUUCCGUUGGCGAAGAGAGAAGUGUGCUUGAGUCUAGAAGAAAGAAUUGACCAUCAUAUGAAGAAGCGAAAACUUAUAAAUAAGUAA